AUGAAUGUUCUAGCUACUGGAAUAAUUUUAUACUCCUUCCACCAAUGCAUUUGUAUGGAUAAUGAUGAUAGUGGAACCGAAAAAGAAAGGCCACAGAAAUCUCAAGAACAAAAAAAACCAACGGUUGAAUGGACAACGGGGAAAUCAACUUCCGCAAGUGAUACUGGGGGAGAUUUGGAGGCUAAAAUUGAACAUAUGCGAAUUGGUGCCAGACCUAAAGAAAGAGGCCCCAGGGGAAACCCACCUGAUCCAGGACCUGUAAAAAAUACUCCAACUCCAAGCAAAGACAAGAAACGCGAUGAUUACAGACAACCAAGCAGAACAUCAAGAGGGCAACCAGGACAGGGGAAAGCAUCUGGUAAUACAUCAGAUAAUUAUAGUUCAUCUUCAUAUGGACAAAGUAGUAGAAAAUAUUCUCAAGGAACUUCUGGAUAUAUACCACCUAAACCAGCAAUUGCAUCAGGUGAUUCAGAUCAAUUAAGAGCAGCUGACGGAACAAUAUUAGUAGAAAUAGACGCAAAAACUGGAAUGAACAAUCCAAAUAUUGUUUUUGAUGAAUCUAGAGCAGGAUCAAAUAAACGUUAUCAUCGUACGUUUAAGCCUCUUUCUGGAUAUGGAUUUAAUAAGGUAAAUUAUAAUGGCAAACCAGUUUGGAAAAUGGUAGGUGAUGGAUAUGCAACCUUAGUUUAUGUGUUUCCUAUAGGUCGUUCCGAAAAAAAUAUGAUAAUCAAACUUGUUGAUUGUUAUCAAAUAAAUCUUAAAAAGUCAGGGAAAAAUAAACCAUGGAAAGAGAAAGUAAUAGAAAAAUAUGUGAAGGUCAAUUAGUCAAAGGACUAAUUUCCAAAACCACUAUAAAUAUCCGAAGAUAAUGACAAAGUCAAUAUAAUUUACGUAAAUAACGGAUGACACGUCAACAGACUCACUGAAAUCAGUGUUACAACACAUUUCUAAUUUCCAAUUAUUUUGUCAUAUUAAGUA